AUGGGGCUGCCCCUAGCCCGCCUGGUGGCCGUCUACUUGGCCCUAUCUUCAGCCAGGGGCACAGAGCUCCAUAGAGAAGGCAGGACCCGCAACCAUGGCCACACAGUCUGCAGCACAUGGGGGGAUGGCCACUACAAGACCUUCGACGGUGACGUCUACCACUUCAGUGGUCUCUGUGACUACAACUUUGCCUCCGACUGUCGAGAUUCCUACAAGGAAUUCGCUGUGCACCUGAGGCGGGGCCCGGGCCGCAAAGGGGGCCCACCCCAGCUGGAGCACAUCCUAUUGACCAUCAAAGAUGACACUGUGUAUCUGACACGGCAGCUGGCCGUGGUGAACGGGGCCCUGGUCAGCACCCCGCACUACAGCUCAGGGCUGCUCAUUGAAAAGAACUACGCCUACACCAAAGUCUACUCCCGGGCCGGCCUGGCCCUCAUGUGGAACCGCGAGGACUCCCUCAUGCUGGAGCUGGACAGCAAGUUUCGGAAUCGCACGUGCGGUCUCUGCGGGGACUUUAACGGCCUGCAGACCUACUCCGAGUUCCUAAGUGACGGCAUCCUCUUCACUCCCACUGAGUUCGGGAACAUGCAGAAAAUCAACAAACCGGACAUGGUGUGCGAGGACCCCGAGGAGGAGAAGGUCCCCGCCAGCUGCGCCCAGCACCGCGCCGAGUGCGAGCGGCUACUGACGGCCGAAGCUUUCGCCGACUGCGGGGCGCUGGUGCCACUCGAGCUGUACGUGCUGGCCUGCGUGGAGGACCGCUGUCGCUGCGCGCCGGGCCAUGAGGCCGCGUGUGUCUGCAGCACCGUCGCUGAGUUCUCGCGCCAGUGUUCCCACGCCGGGGGCCGCCCGGGAUCCUGGAGAAGCGCCUCCUUCUGCCCCAAGAGCUGCCCAGGGAACAUGGUCUACCUGGAGAGCGGCUCUCCCUGCAUGGAUACCUGUUCACACCUGGAGAUGAGCAGCCUUUGCGAGGAGCACCGUAUGGACGGCUGUUUCUGCCCGGAAGGCACUGUGUUCGACGACAUCGCCGGGAGCGGCUGCAUUUCCGUCAGCCAGUGCCACUGUAGGCUGCAUGGGCACCUGUACUCCCCCGGCCAGCGGGUCACCAACCAGUGUGAGCAGUGCGUCUGCCAGUCAGGCCGCUGGAUGUGCGAAGACCUGCCGUGCCCCGGGACCUGCGCUCUGGAGGGUGGCUCCCACAUCACCACCUUUGAUGGGAAGAAGUUCACCUUCCAUGGAGACUGUUACUAUGUCCUGGCCAAGGGGGACCACAAUGAUUCCUAUGCGCUUCUGGGUGAACUAGCCCCCUGCGGCUCCACAGACAAGCAGACCUGCCUGAAGACAGUGGUCCUGCUGGCCGACAGGAAGAAGAACGUGGUGGCCUUCAAAUCUGAUGGCAGUGUGCUUCUGAAUGAGCUGGAGGUUAACCUGCCCCAUGUGACUGCUAGUUUCUCCAUCUUCCGGCCUUCCUCCUACCACAUCAUUGUCAACACGGCCUUCGGCCUGCGGCUGCAGGUGCAGCUAACUCCGGUCAUGCAGCUCUUCAUGACACUGGACCAGAGCUCCCAGGGGCGGGUACAAGGCCUCUGCGGAAACUUUAACGGCCUGGAAAGUGAUGACUUCAAGACUGCUGGUGGGCUGGUGGAGGCUACAGGCGCUGGCUUCGCCAACACCUGGAAGGCCCAGUCGAGCUGCCAUGACAAGCUGGACUGGCUGGAUGACCCCUGCUCCCUCAACAUUGAGAGUGCCAACUAUGCUGAGCACUGGUGUUCACUGCUGAAGAAGACAGAGACACCCUUUGGCAGAUGCCACUCUGCAGUGGACCCCGCUGAGUACUACAAGAGGUGCAAGUACGACACGUGCAACUGCCAGAACAAUGAGGACUGCAUGUGUGCCGCCCUGUCCUCCUACGCCCGAGCCUGCGCUGCCAAGGGCGUCAUGCUGUGGGGCUGGCGGGAACGCGUCUGCAACAAAGAUGUAGGCGCCUGCCCCAACUCCCAGAUCUUCCUUUACAACCUGACCACGUGCCAGCAGACCUGCCGCUCGCUCUCCGAGCCGGACAAGCACUGCCUCAAGGGCUUUGCGCCCGUGGACGGCUGCGGCUGCCCGGACCACACCUUCUUGGAUGAGAAGGGUCGCUGUGUGCCGCUGGCCAAAUGCUCCUGCUACCACCGGGGCCUCUACCUGGAGGCUGGAGACGUGGUCCUACGUCAGGAGGAGCGAUGCGUGUGCCGGAAUGGGAGACUGCACUGCAUGCAGGUCAAGCUGCUUGGUCAGAGCUGCAAGGCCCCCAAGAUCCAGAUUGACUGCAACAAUGUGACUGCGCUGGCUGUCAAGAACCCCCGGCCCCUCAGCUGUCAGACGCUGGCCGCCGGCUAUUAUCAGACAGAAUGCAUCAGCGGCUGCGUGUGUCCCAACGGGCUGAUGGAUGAUGGCAGAGGUGGCUGUGUGGUAGAGGAGGACUGUCCCUGUGUCCAUAACAAGGACCUGUACCUCCCUGGGGACAAGAUCAAGGUGAACUGCAACACCUGUACCUGCCGCAGAGGACGCUGGACGUGUACUCAGGCUGUGUGCCACGGCACCUGUGCCAUCUAUGGAAGUGGUCACUACAUCACCUUUGAUGGGAAAUACUAUGACUUCGAUGGCCACUGCUCCUACGUGGCUGCUCAGGACUAUUGUGGCCAGAACUCCUCUCUGGGCUCCUUUAGCAUCAUCACAGAAAAUGUGCCCUGCGGUACCACAGGCGUGACCUGCUCCAAGGCCAUCAAGAUCUUCCUGGGGAGAACAGAGCUGAAGCUGGAAGACAAGCACCGUGUGGUGAUUCAGCGUGACAUGGGGCACCACGUGUCCUACACCACGCGGGAGGUGGGCCAGUACCUGGUGGUAGAAGCCAGCACCGGCAUCAUCAUCAUUUGGGACAAGAAAACCACCAUCUUCAUCAAACUUGCCCCCUCCUACAAGGGUACCGUGUGUGGCCUGUGUGGCAACUUCGACGACCGUUCCAACAAUGAUUUCACCACGCGGGACCACAUGGUGGUGGACAACGAGCUGGACUUCGGGAACAGCUGGAAGGAAGCCCCCACCUGCACGGACGUAACUACGACCCCGGAACCCUGCAACAAGAACCCGCACCGACGCUCCUGGGCCGAGAAGCAAUGCAGCAUCAUCAAGAGCCAAGUCUUCCAAAUCUGCCACAGCAAGGUGGACCCCAAGCCGUUCUAUGAAGCCUGCGUCCACGACUCCUGCUCCUGCGACACGGGUGGCGACUGCGAAUGUUUCUGCUCAGCGGUGGCCUCUUACGCCCAGGAGUGCACCAAGGAGGCGGCCUGUGUAUUCUGGAGGACGCCCGACCUGUGCCCCAUCUUCUGCGACUACUACAACCCCCCAGACGAGUGUGAGUGGCAUUAUGAGCCGUGUGGGAACCGCAGCUUCGAGACGUGCCGGAGCAUCAACGGCAUCCACUCGAACAUUUCCGUGUCCUACCUAGAGGGCUGUUACCCCCGGUGCCCUGAGGAUAGACCCAUCUAUGAUGAGGACCUGAAGAAGUGUGUCACCAGUGACAAGUGUGGCUGCUACGUUGGCGACAAGCAUUACCCACCUGGGACAUCAAUACCCAGUGACAACAUCUGCCAGUCUUGUGAGUGCACUAGCACCUCGGAGAUUGUCUGCCGGCCUGAUGAAGGAAAGAUUGUCAACCAGACGGAGAUCAAUGGUUUCUGCUACUGGGAAAUCUGCGGCCCCAACGGGACCAUUGAGCAACACUUCAUCAUUUGUACAUCUACCAUACCACCCUCAUCGAGCCCCGUCACCACGCCUAUCUCCUCCACCACCACCUUCACUACCACCACCACCACCACCACCACCACCCUGACCCCGACACCAAGCACAGUUUCUUCUCCGGUGACUCCGAAAAUAUGCUGCUUCUGGUCGGACUGGAUCAAUGAGGAUCACCCGAGCUCUGGCAGUGAUGGCGGUGACCGAGAGACAUUUGACAGCGUUUGCAGGGCCCCUGAGGACAUCGAAUGCAGGUCUGCCACAGACACCAACCUCAGCUGGGAACAGCUGGGCCAGAAGGCUCAAUGUGAUGUCUCUGUUGGGUUCAUUUGUAAAAACGAAGACCAGUUUGACAAUGGGCCAUUUGGACUCUGUUAUGACUAUGAGAUACGAGUCAACUGUUGUCUGCCAAUGGAUGAGUGUCCCACGACUGCACCACCAACGACCACAGCCACCCAGACCACGACCCCCACUGCAACCACCACGGAGACGCCAAUCCCAGAGACCACGACCCCAACACCUACCACCACCACCACCAUGGAGACAUCAACCCCAACCCCCCCCAUCAGCACCACACCAAAGACCACAACUCCUACCACUACAACCAUCGCCACCACCACAGAGGUGCCAACCCCAGAAACCCCGACCCCAAUACCUACCACCACAGAGACACAAACCCCAGGGACCAUGACCCCAACACCUACCACCACAACCACCAUGAGGACACCAACCCCAGAGACCAUGACCCCAAGACCUACCACUACCACUACCACCAUCACGGAGACACCAACUGCAGAGACCAUGACCCCAAGACCUACCACCACCACCACCACCACGGAGACAUCAACCCCAACCCCCCCCAUCAGCACCACACCAAAGACCAUGACUCCUACCACUACCAUCACCACCACCACCAUGGAGACACCAACACCAGAGACCAUGACCCCAAGACCUACCACUACCACUACCACCAUCACGGAGACACCAACUGCAGAGACCAUGACCCCAAGACCUACCACCACAACCACCAUGGAGACGCCAACCCCAGAGACCAUGACCCCAAGACCCACCACCACCACCACCAUGGAGACACCAACCCCAGAGACUGUGACCCCAAGACCCACCACUACCACCACCAUGGAGACACCAACCCCAAGUUCCCCCAUCAGCACCACACCAAAGACCACGACUCCUACCACUACCAUCACCACCACCACCAUGGAGACGCCAACCCCAGAGACCAUGACCCCAACACCUACCACCACCACUACCACCAUCACAGAGACGCCAACCCCAGAGACCAUGACCCCAACACCUACCACAACACCUACCACCACAACCACCACCAUGGAAACCCCAACCCCAACCCCCCCCAUCAGCACCACACCAAAGACCACAACUCCAACCACUACCACCACCACCACCACCACGGAGGUGCCAACACCAGAAACUCCGACCUCAACACCUACCACCACAACCACCACGGGGACGCCAACCCCAGAGACUAUGACCCCAAUACCUACCACCACCACCACGGAAACACCAACCCCCCAAACUCCCAUCAGCACCACCACAGAGACCACAAUAUCCACAAAGACUGUGACCACCACACCCACCCCAGAAUCCACCACUACUGUGACAACCACCUCACCAACCACAACUCCAUAAUCCACAACCCCUACUACAACCACCACCACAGAGACACCAAUUCCCACCACCACGGAGACACCAACUCCCACCACCACAGAGACACCAACUCCCACCACCACAGAGACACCAACUCCAACAGCCACUAUCAGCACCACAGCAGAGACCACGACCCCCACUACUACCACCACCACCACUACAGAGAUGCCAACCCCAACACCCACCAUCAGCACACCAGAGACCAUGACUCCCACCAUCAGCACCACAGCAGAGAUCACAACCCCCACCACUACCACCACCACCACUACCACGGAGACGCCAACUCCGGAGACCACAACCUCCACCAUGACCACCACCAUGGAGACACCCAGCGUGCCCACGUCCACCCCCAUUGCCACACCUAGCAUCAGUAUCAGCACCGGCUCAGAGGUCAGCGCCUCUAGCCAGAUCGCCUGCUGCUAUUUGAACGGCACGUACUACAGCCCAGGUGAGGAAGUAUACAACGGCAUACAUGGCGGUUUCUGCUAUUAUGUGAACUGCUCUCUGCAAUGUACCUUGGAGGUCUUCAACUGGUCUUGCCCGUCCACACCACCACCGACCACCACGCCUUCCAUGUCAACACCCACCUCCACUCCAUCCACCCCAUCCACACCAUCAUCAACCCCUACACCCUCUAAGUCAACACCUACAUCCACCACGUCCACACCCAUGCCGACUACCAAGCCCCCUGCAUGCCCUGACUUUGACCCUCCCCGACAGGAGAAUGAGACAUGGUGGCUCUGUAAUUGCACCAUGGCCAUCUGCAAGCAUGACAACACAGUGGAGAUCGUGGAGGUGGAGUGCAAACCCCCGCCCAUGCCCACUUGCUCCAACGGCCUCACGCCUGUGCGUGUCAUGGACCCCGAUGGCUGCUGCUGGCACUGGGAGUGUGACUGCUACUGCACAGGCUGGGGGGACCCGCACUUCGUCACCUUUGAUGGCCUCUACUACAGCUACCAAGGCAACUGCACGUAUGUGUUGGUGGAAGAGAUUAGCCCCAAGGUGGACAACUUUGGUGUCUACAUCGACAACUACCACUGCGAUGUCAAUGACAAAGUCUCCUGCCCUCGUACCAUCAUUGUGCGCCAUGAGACGCAGGAGGUGCUGAUUAAGACAGUGCAAAUGAUGCCCAUGAAGAUGCAGGUGCAUGUCAACAGGCAGGUGGUGGCACUACCAUAUAAGAAGUAUGGGCUACAGGUGUAUGAGUCAGGCAUCAACUACAUGGUGGACAUCCCCGAGCUGGGUGCCCUUAUCUCAUACAACGGCCUUUCCUUCUCCAUCAAGCUGCCCUUCCACCUGUUUGGCAACAACACCAAGGGGCAGUGUGGUACUUGCACUAACACCACUGAGGAUGACUGUAUGCGGCCCAGCGGGGAGAUCAUUUCUGACUGUGAGAUCGCAGCUGACGACUGGGUGGUUAAUGACCCGUCCAAGCCGCACUGCCCCCACACCGCCACCACCACCACCAAGCGCCCAGCUGUCACCCAGCCAGGGGGCAACACGUCCUGUAACCCAUCCCCUCUCUGCGACCUCAUCAAAGGCAGCCUGUUCUCCAAGUGCCACGCCCUGGCGCCCCCGCAACACUACUAUGACGCCUGCGUGUUUGACAGCUGCUUCGUGCCGAACUCGGGCAUGGAGUGCGCCAGCCUGCAGACCUACGCGGCCCUCUGUGCACAGGAGGGCAUCUGCGUGGACUGGCGCAACCACACCCACGGAACCUGCCAGGUGACCUGCCCGUCCCACCGGGAGUACCGGGCCUGCGGGCCUGCGGAGGAGCCUACCUGCAAGUCCAGUCCCCCUCAGCAGAACACCACGAUCCUGGUGGAAGGUUGCUUCUGUCCUGAGGGUACCACCAACUACGCUCCAGGCUAUGACGUUUGCGUGGAUAUGUGCGGUUGUGUGGGACCAGACAACGUGCCCAGAGAGUUUGGGGAACAUUUUGAGUUCGACUGCAAAGACUGUGUCUGCCUGGAGGGAGGACGUGGCAUCGUCUGUCAGCCCAAGAAGUGCAACCAGCGUCCACCCACCAGGUGUGAGGAGGACGGCACCUACCUGAUGAUCGAAGUCAAUCCAGCUGACACGUGUUGCAACAUCACCUCCUGCAAGUGUAACACCAGCCUGUGUCAGGAAGUGCCCCCUGUGUGUUCACGGGGAUUCGAGGUGAAGACCCAGACGGUUCCGGGAAGGUGUUGCCCCCUCUACUCAUGUGUGCCCAAGGGCGUGUGUGUUGUUGGAACUGCUGAGUACCAGCCCGGCUCUCCAGUGUACGCUUCCAAAUGUGAGAACUGCGUUUGUACACACGCUGUGGACAACAAGACUCAGCUUCACAUUGUCUCCUGCACCCACGUGCCCUGCAACACCAAGUGCAACCCCGGCUUCGAGCUAGUGGAAGCCCCGGGUGAGUGCUGCAAGAAGUGUGAACAGACCCACUGCGUCAUCAACCGGCCCCAGGAGGAGACCCUCAUCCUGAAGCCUGGAGACAUGAAGAGCGACCCCAAGAACAACUGCACCUUCUUCAGUUGUGUGAAAAUCCACAACCAGCUCAUCUCGUCUGUCUCCAACAUCACCUGCCCCGACUUCGACCCCAGCGAAUGCCUCCCGGGCUCCAUCACACUCAUGCCCAAUGGCUGCUGCAAGAAAUGUAUCCCUCGCAAUGAGACCAGGAUCCCCUGCUCCACCAUUCCUGUUAAAAAGAAUAUCACGUAUGCCGGCUGCACCAAGGAGGUUGUUAUGAACAACUGCCUGGGAUCCUGUGGAACCUUUGCCAUGUAUUCGUCUGAGGCCCAGUCUCUGGAUCACAAGUGUUCUUGCUGCAAGGAGGAGCGGACCAGCCAGCGUGAGGUGGUGCUCAACUGCCCCAAUGGUGGCACCCUGGAACACAGCUACACCCACAUUGAGAGCUGUCUAUGCCAGGACACCUCCUGCGAGCUCCCGCGAAACCGUGCCCGCCGUUCCCACCCCAGGGUCCUACUGCCUAGAAGUCCCUGA